CAGAGCGCCGGGCGGCGGCGGCGGCGAAGGGGCGAGAUGAGCCGCUCGGUGACGGUGGGUCGGGCGGCGGCGGCGCCCCCCGGGGCCCGUUACCGGAGGGCCGUGGCGCCCAGCCGGGCCUUCGACUUCCUCUACGAUCCAUUAUAUACACUUUCAAGUGAGAGAGACCAUGCACAAGCCACAGUCCAGUCUCACCUGCUUCACGAUGAAAUGAGGAAAGUGCCAGCAUUUAAAACCAUGUUCAGUAACCUGAUUCACUAUCCACCAUACUCUAUGCAAUUAGAAGAAGUAAACCCUGUUCCCCCAUUCAUUGACCGAAGAUGGAGAGGAAGGGCAGAACGGCGCAUUGAGGCUCUUCAGAAGCUGGCUAGAUCUCAACCCUCACUUCAGAUUCCAAGAAUUGAAUAUGAAGAUCCUGAUGUUGGUGGAAGGAAUCGCUGGAAGUAUUUUGAACGACCUUUCAUCCCAUUUCAUAAGCCGAUGCCACUAAAUGUUGUCUAUGCAAUGUCAAAGCCAGAGACAUACAUUGACAAGGUGAAAUCCAGGGACAAGCCAUCUUAUCUCAUCUCACGAAGUGUGGGUACACAGACGGAUUCGGAUGGUGAAGCUCAGACAGAUCCCUACAGCCCUGAAUAUGUGGUGCCUCCAGGUUCCAUCCCUGAGCUCCUGACCCUUGUCACACUGACCUGGGGACGGGGCCUUCCAGCAACCCAGGCAGAAGUGGAAGUGAUUGAACGAGCCCGAGAGAAACGUGCCUGGGAGGCCACGCUCCCCCCGCUCAGCGAUGCCACACAGAUUGCAAAGCGGCGGAGGAUGAUGGAGGAAAUGGAGAGGAAAGAGUGGGCCUUCCGGGAAGUAGAAAUAGAGGAAUUGCAAGAAGUUAGACUGGAACUCUUAAAGGCUCUGCUGAGGAAAAGGGAAGAGAACCGCAAUGAGCUGAUGGUCACCCGCUUGGAUGCUCACUGGUUUAACCUCAUGCAAGAAAAAGAAGAAAAAAUUAAAAACAUUCAGCAUGAACAUAUAAAAGCGAUCCGAAGACUGAUAGCCAAGGGGAAAAAUGUGGAAAGAAAACUGGAUAAAAGAAAUGUCAUCAGGGACUACACGGAAUUUGAUUCACAGCCUUAUGCUCCUCUAUCAAGAAUUGGCUACUUUCCAGACAACAGAGCCGACCGUUUCAUAGUGAAGAACCCCUUUCUCAACACCUAUCAAGGAUUACUUGAGCUGGAGGCAUCUCUUCCUGACUCCGUCACUCAGCCCCGAACUGAAGCUCCCAAAAGGAGCACCACCACUAAGGAUGGGUUUAUUAAACGGUCGGCUAGACUAGAAUUGGAACUGGCACAGGUUUACCAGAUAUUGCAAGACAGAAAGAAAAAGGUUAAGGAGCCGCAUAAACCACUUCGUUUCCUUGAGAAGGUAUCCAAGAUCCCCGCUCGGCCUCCCACUCCAACACUGGAAGUGCCUUCACUGAUUGAAGAAGAGAGAGAGCUAGCUGUGAUUACACUGCAGAGCUUAAUCCGAGGCAGAGCUAUCCAGAAUAUGAUGUUUGAAGGGAAGGAAAAGCGACUGGAACUGAUCCGCGAGUUGCGCACCACUCAUGCGCUUCAGGAGGACGGGCAACUGUUGAAGAAGGCGGAGAAGCAAGUGACCUUGGCCCUGCAGAGGCAGCGGGAUCUGCAUGAACACAAGAUGUCUCUCAUGGAAAAGCACUUGGCUCGGGUGGAAGGAAGAGCCCUCUCCAACAUGCUAGACUUCCUCUCCAAAGAGCUGAUUCGGCUCCAGGACGAACGGAGGAUCCACGCUUUUGCUAUGCUUGCUGAAAGGCAACGCCGAAUUCGGGAAGCGGAGGAGAGCGGCCGCCGGCAAGUGGAGGAGCGGCGCAGGCGUGAGGAAGAUGAGAUCUUUAGACAGGUUGUUAAGGUGCACCAGAGUACAGUUGACUCCUACCUGGAAGAUGUCAUCCUGGACAGCAUGGAGACUACGGCUGACGAACAAGCUAGAGAAGAGAUUCAAAGAGUGGCUGUGGAAAUCAACGACAUCGCUUAUGAAAUGGAAACACGCCGAACACACCUUCAGUCUGAAGAAAUUGUGGCCGAGCUGGUUUAUAGUUUCCUGAUCCCUGAAGUGAGGAAAAUGGCCAUCAAGGAGAAAGUGAGACAGUCCCAGAGAAAGCACAUUCACGCAGCUCAUCAGAUCAUUCAUGGGACUACGGAGACGACCGUGGGACAGCUCUUUGAGCUCCAAAUGGCCACUGGUGUCGAACUUUCUCAGCUAGCAAUCCCGAGUGCAGAUCUGCCUCCUGCAGCAGCUGAAGAACAAGGCGCUCCUGAGCCGCAUGAGCCACAGAUUCCAGACAGUCAAAGAGAGCCUGAAAUGCCACCUGAAGGCGAUGGUACAGACCCCUCAGGCAGUGAAGAAACGGAAAAGAAAUAAGUUGCCCCUGAGGAACCACCAGAAGGCUUGAAGCACCUUGUACUAAUAUGCACCUCUGAGGUCUUCCCCCCAUUUUUUGCAUUGGUCCCUCCUUUCUUUCUAAAACAUCUUUGUCUUUACCAUAUCAAACAAACUGAGAGCAACAGCAGAAUAAUUUUUUAAAUAUUUUCAGAGACUGCAGCGUUAAAAUCUUGAAAUCCAAUUGGCAGCAAGAAAAAUAAAAGUUUUGCAAGAAAAGCAGAACAAUUAGAGAUACUUCAAAAAACAUACAUUUGCCACCCCGAAGCUUAGGGUUAGGGCUGUGUUUUUUUGCAGCUGUGGGGAAAAGACAGCACACAGGAGAGUUUGGAAGUCUUGUAUCUUCUCAUCAUAGAAUAAAUGACACCCAACUACCAAAACUCUGGGACUAGAGGGAAGGUCUUGCAGAGAAGCCCUACAACCUCUCUUUGUCUCCUCUUCAAGCUCCAGCAGCCUUGGAAAGACUUGGGCAAAGGAAACCAGAGAGAGAGAGACAAGCAAGUAAGGAAUCUGCAGAAGGAGGGAUGUUCUUGUGAAAGACAGAACAGGAAUAGGGCACACAAGAAGAGACGGAGUAAAUGAAGUCAGGGCUGGAACAUAUUGCUGCCCUGUCAUCCUCCAGCUUUGGUCCAAGGAAUGACUGGGUUGGCACUGGGACAGUGGCUCAUAGGACAGGGGCCAUUUCCUGAAGAGAGGGCAUAGGAAGGUAAGACUAGUCCAAGGUCCUAGGCGUGGCCAGCUCAGGGUAGCAGGGCGCAAGGUGCAGCAAAAAGGAGCUUGUGGAAAGCUCACAAUGGGCAUCGCUUGCCAUGACACACUCAGGGACAACUGCUGAAACUUCAAGGCUUUCUGAAGGUAGGCUGGCUGGCACUUGAACCUCCCCCCACUUGGGUUGUCCUGUUCUUUUCAAGGAGCAUCACCUUGUUCUAGAACCACGGACUGCUGUGCAUUGAGGGAUGAAAUGGUGGCGUGUCCUUUGGGUUGGAGGAGUCCACACCUUUUGGCCUCGAUGGUCUACGAAGAAGGAGUAACACCUCUCUAAUGCAUCUCUUCUCCAAAUCUGCCUGUGAGCCAGAUGGAGGAUAUGGGCAGAGAACGCAACAGUUGUGGGAGAGCCAGGGCAAACAGAAGCGGGGUCGGGGUGGGAAGGUUAAGCAAUAGGGAGAAAAUCAGAAGCAACGUAGGGGUGGCUGCCACCUCCCCCCCCCAACAAGGACUCUGGUUAUUGGCUGUCUAAGAACUGAAAAUGGGAAGCGCCAGCCUCCCAGGAUGACUUCAACCAUCAUCCCACAACUUCUGCUCUGCUCUGCCCCAACCUGGCUGUCGCUUGUACGAUUAAUAAAAAUGAAGAGGAGUCUUUUUUGCAAUAUAUUUUUUUUAAUUUAUUGAAGCAGUAGUCACAUGACCUUGCAUCUAGCCUUUUAGUAUAGUAACAGAAUAGAUCUGACCAGUCAUUCGGCUUGAAAAAGAAAUUUUCUUUUGCGCAAACAGACAUCACAUUGAAUACAUACAUUAUCCAGGACUGAAACCCAGCUCAGAGAUAGCAACGUGCCGAUUUGUUGGAGGAACAGCCCCACAAGACAUGGUUAUUAUAAACUCUUCACACCAUCACCAGAUUUACUCAGGGGCUCAAAGAAAGGAAGUGCAUUAUAGUAUGUCUCAGCACAUCUUGCAGAUAAAGUAGGGUCAUCGAGGAUGAUAACUGUCAAAGGGUUCCUCUUCCUUUCCAUCAAAUCCAAUGGUUUGGUGGAAGACAGAAGCUGUUAUCUCUUGUAAAAGUAUCACAGAUUAAUACAGACCAUUUAAGAAAACAUGCUAGCUCCCUGUGUUUAUUAUAUAAAGAGUCAACCCCCCUUGUUGGGCGGGGUGAGGAACAGUUCUGGAAAAAGGUGAAUAGGAGCAGAAGAAGAGACUUUUAAUGGAGGUGGGAUACAGAAAAGUUCAAGAGUUUUGAAAUAAAGACCACACACUUUGUAUUUUUAAAUUUCAUGUCCAGGCUAACCUACUUUUUAUUUAAUGCAAAUUACAGUACCAGUUAACUAUUUCCGAACCAAGUCACACAGAACAAAAUGUAUUUACAGAGGAGCAGAAGGGAGGAGGCAAAAUAAUAAAACAUUAAGCAUA